AUGUGUACUGUGAGACGACAGAGUCUGGUGCAUGGACCGUCAUACAGCGUAGACAAGACGGAUCUGUUGACUUCGAGAGAAAGUGGACUGAUUAUAAAGCAGGUAUUUGGAAAUAUCAACGGCGAACACUGGAUAGGAAAUAACAAGAUCUAUGGUUUGACAAACCAAGCUUCUUACAAGUUGAGAAUCGAUUUGGAAAAAUUUGAUGGUAGUACUACAUACGCCGAGUAUGAUUCUUUUUGGAUUGAAGAUGAAAACAGUAACUACACACUGCAUUUGGGACAAUAUUCGGGGACAGUUGGUGAUAGGAUGAAGGCUCAGCACAAUAAUGCCUUAGAUGGCCAACCAUUCACCACCUUUGACAGGGAUAAUGACAGUUGGGGUGGCAAUUGUGCCAGAGAGUACCGCGGUCCAUGGUGGUACAAGGAAUGUGCUCUUAGCCAUCUGAACUCUAUGUACUAUCCACAGGAGGAAGGACACUGGGAUGGUAUAGUGUGGCCUACAUGGAAUAGCUGGUACACCUUAAAAUCAUUCAUAAUGAAAAUACAGAAAUAUGAUUAA